GUUUACUAGAAAAAAUGUUUAUAAUCUAUUCAUGAUAUCCUUUUAUUUUUAAUUUGUUAGUAUUGUUAUUGGCAAAAAAUCAUAAUCAAAACAUAUAUAAUCUCAUAUUAUAUAACUGUUGUUAUGUUUCAAACGUUAUCUCAAGAGAACUUGAGAAAAGAGCGAUCAUUAUUUUAUAGUUUUACCUAUGAAAGUAUUAAAUAAAAAGAUUAAAGUUCAUUUUUCAUAUAGCUAGUGCCCCACAUUGGUCAGUGGUCACAUUUUUCUAAUAUUGAAACAUGAAAUCAUAAAGAAAUAAACCGAAGUUGAUUAGAUAGCUACGCUGCUAUAGCUUACCUAAAGGCAUAUUAAAAAAAUCUAAUAAAUCCGCUAUUUAAAAUUGUUUUAAUCCGAUAAUGAAAAUAAUCAAAUGUAUAUUUUAAAUUUUUAAAUAAUAGCAUUACUACUUGAAUUUAACAAAAAUAAAAAAAAACUAUAAUUUAUAGUAAAUUGUCUUAUCUUACAAAUUGUAUAGAUUAUUCAAUUACUUUUAAAUAAUAUAUACUUUUAUAUUAUAUGUAUAUUAAUUUCAUUGUUUUAAAAUUGAAUAAUUGAAUAUUUUUAUAAUGACGUUUAAUUUCUUUAAUGUUCGCAAGCUUUGUACUACGACUGCCUUGUAUAAAAAUGUUCAGUUGACUAAAGAUAGAUUUCCUAACUUAAAAAGAGGAUCGUAUGCCGUAGUAAACUCUACAGAUGUUGACUAUUUCACAAAUAUUGUAGGUGUCAACAAUUUUAUUUCUGGUGAAGAAGUAAAAUCUUAUAAUGAAGAUUGGUUGAAAUCUGUUUCUGGUUUCAGUAAGUAUGUGCUUAAACCAAAAACAACUGAACAGGUAUCAUCAAUUCUUAAAUAUUGUUAUGAGCGUGGUAUAGCAGUUUGUAUUCAAGGUGGUAAUACUGGUCUCGUUGGAGGUAGUGUUCCAGUUUUUGAUGAAGUAAUUUUAUCCACUUCUGCGAUGAAUAAAAUUAUUAGCUUUAAUAAAUUAUCAGGUGUUUUGGUAUGUCAGGCUGGAUGUGUACUUGAAAAUUUGAUGAAUUAUGUUCAAAACGAAGGAUUUAUAAUGCCAUUUGAUUUGGGUGCAAAAGGCACCUGUCAGAUUGGAGGUAAUUUAGCAACUAAUGCUGGAGGUUUAAGAUUAAUUAAAUACGGAAGUCUACAAGGAAGUGUGUUGGGAUUACAAGCGGUAUUGGCUGAUGGGCAAGUUUUAGAUUGUCUAAAUACAUUGAAAAAAGACAAUACAGGAUAUCAUUUGAAACAUUUGUUUAUUGGUUCUGAAGGAACAUUGGGAAUAAUUACAAAAAUUGCUAUUCAAUGUCCAAAUGCUCCAAAAUUUGUUAAUGCAUCAUUUAUUGGCUUAGAGUCAUUUGAUAAAGUAUUGAGUUUCUUUUCAUUGGUACGAAAAGAAUUUUCUGGGAGUCUUUCGUCAUUUGAACUGAUGGAUUCUGUAGCAAUAAAAAGUGUGCAAAAAAAUAUUGGUAUUAAAUGUCCAAUAAAUGACAAUUUGAAAUUUUACGUUCUUGUUGAAUUAUCAGCUGAUAAUAAUUACAUUAAUCAUUCCAUUCAAGAAUUUUUAGAAAAAGCUCUUAAUGAAGAAAUAAUUUUAGAUGCUACUGUAGCAGAUCAACCAUCACUAAUUCAAAAUUUAUGGAAAAUCAGAGAAAAUAUUCCUGAAAGUUUACUAAGAUAUGGAUAUGUUUACAAGUAUGAUAUAACUUUACCUCAUGAGAACUUUUAUGAGAUUGUGCCUGACAUAAGGAGACGAUUAGAAAAACUUGAUGUAAAAGCUGUUUGUGGAUAUGGACAUUUAGGUGAUGGAAAUUUACAUUUAAAUGUAGCUACUAGUGAACAUAAUAAUGAAAUAGCUUCGGCCAUUGAACCUUAUGUUUAUGAAUGGACUAGCAAAUACAAGGGAAGUAUAAGUGCUGAACAUGGGAUUGGAUUUUUAAAGAGUAAAUAUUUAAAAUAUUCAAAAUCCAAUUUAGAAGUAGAUUUAAUGAGAAAAAUAAAAAAUAAUAUUGAUCCAAAAAAAAUAUUAAAUCCAUACAAGAUAUUUCCUCAAAAUGAUAGUAAUUGAGUUAUUAAGUUUCAAAAUUAAAUUUUAUAAUUUUUUUUUUUUUUUAGAGUUAUUAGAACAGAAAAUUGUAUUAUUUUUGUAGACCUGUGUUUUUUAUUUUUAGAUGAUUUAUUGAAUUGUCAACCAUGUAAUUUGUUGAAAUUAAAUAUAAUAUAAUAUUUAUAUUU